GCCGGCCAUUUCGCCUCUUCGGGAAUGCUGUUGCUGAUAUCCUCGAUUCCAUCCAUCCACUCCUUAGUUCUUGUAUCUCUCCCUUCUUCUUCUUCUUCCUCCUGCUGCUGCCUGAUGGCGUGGCCUCUUUGACCCCUCUGAACCUUCUAUAUAUACACGCCGCUAGCACCCCUUUGCUCUUUGCUAUCACUUUCGUCGCGAAACUUUCAUACUCCCGAAAAGCGAUGGCUUCAGGAAGUUGAUUUAUUAUUUACUGACUGCCAAGAAAAAAAAAAAAAAGUUCCAUGUCUUCGCGCUGAGAUAUGACCAUAUGGAGAUGCGCUCCCGGAGAUGAAUUUUGUAUCGCCAGUGGAAGCGUUCCUGUAUUUAUCCAAAGGAGCUUUUAAUUAAAUCAUGGACUUUCCAGGCGGAUCCGUCACCAACAUACGCGUCAUUGAUGGAUUCUCCCAAAUCUAUUGGAGAAUAUAUACGGAAGAGCCUGGUAUAAUACAUAUUCCAGGCGAAGCUCCCGCAAAUGGUUAUACCAUUUUGAAACAUCUCAGCCGCCUCAAAGAUCUCGAGCUUCGGCUGAGGAACCUGGACUGUCUGGUCUCAAGUUAUCCUCGAAGACUAUGCCUUUGGGUCUUCUCUCCUACCCCGGGAUUUGAAUCCCUAGCCUCGGUGGCCGCGAAUCAGGGUAAAGACGACUCGGGGAGGCUGCUUGUCGGCGCUACUACUUUGAAAGUCUCGUCUUCCGGAAGCGUUUCCUCGUCAGAUUUGGUUAAGAACCUUUCGGCGGAGCCUCAAAAUGCGGCGGGUGCAGCCAGGCCGCAAAGACCCAAUGCGCCAACCCCAUUCGUCACAAUUUAUGCUUCUUUCAUCUCAGCUCUAAUGGGGAUUCUAAGCUUGCAAUUGAUACAGCAGACAGCCGCAAUUCCACUCGGGUCUCGGACUCUCCUCACCUUAGAUGAAAGAGGUCUCGAUGGGGCCGCGGGCUUUGGCGACGAAAGCCUCGCUUUUGCCCCGUCGCUCACUACGCUUCAAGUCCAACUGAUAGCUGCUGGAAAACUUACCGUGGCUUUGCAAACCGCACCACAACCGGGGCUUCUCAGAUUAUGCAAUCCCGAAGACGAUCUUACACAAACUCUCGACAUUGCACCCGGCACAGAUCUAUGGCUUUCUCCCAGUGGGUCGAUUGCCAGACUGGUGACGACUCAGCCAGCUCAGAAGACGGGCUCUUCUCCUUAUCCCUACAGUGCAGGCGGCAUGGGCUCGGAAAGGUCGGACCCAGUGAACCGCAAACAGUGGAUGGCGAAUGUACUGGGCUGGCUGACCAAUUUUGGGCUCCCAGUAAGUGGCAUUGGUGAAGAUUCCUGGGUGGAGGUCGAAGUUUGGGAACCGUUCUACUCGAGGCUGGCUGGGGAGACAUGGCGGCCUAACGAUGGAGGCUUAUCAACGCUACCCCUCAAGCGAAUCCUUUGGCCAGCUAUAUACUGCUUCAGAAGAACAAAAUCGGCAUUUUCAGACUCCUAUGGUGAAAUGGAAAGCGUUUAUGCUGUCAUUGAUGACCCUCUAGAAUUUGCAGAGAAGUGGAGCGUAUUAGAGAAACCCAAUCUUAACGAACCGAGCCCAAAGCCUCCAUCUGUGGCUCAAGAAGCAGAAAGCAAGGAUCAAGAUGCGCCCACACCCAUUACGACUGAUAUGCCCGAAGGACUCGAAAGCCUAUCUAGGGCCUCGCAGUAUCCAGACCUACAGACUGCAAGCCUUGUAUACCCGACGCCACCAGAUGGAGCCACGACGGCAGGAUUAAAUCCUACUACAGUCUCCUCGGAUGCAUUCUCCGAAGAUAUAUUCAGCAGCUCUACCUUCCCUCAACCGACCCGACAGAUGUCUUUUAGCCAGCCACACAGUAGGAAUCGCUCUGGUACGGACGUGACAAUGGGUUUUGGGCCUUCGGCAGGACUUGCCGUUGGAUCCGGGCUGUACGAUACGAACGACGAUGAUGAUCUGUUUGGCGACAUGAAUGAAAGAGACUUUGGAGCCAAAGGAAUCACAGAUGCAGACUUCAGUUUCUUCGAUGACCCAGGGUUCGACCGCAUGGCCGAAGUCGGUCAUGCAAAUGCUCUUCCUGAGUCGCCGAACUUUGUUGAGACAGGCCAACUCGAGGUACAACCUACACCGGUUGAGCACAACUAUCCUAAUUUGAUGGCGGAAGCUAUUGAUGGACAAAUCUUUGAGCCUGAUGUAGAACAAAUGGAUGUCACGACGGAGGCUCCGGCUGAAUCACCGCCGCAUGCACGAGACAUGUCUCUGCCAUCGCCUCAGGAAGACAAUGCAGGCACCAUAAGUCCUCCACUCAGUCCGGUAGAGGUCAAGAAAUUUCUUUUCCCCGAAACGAAAUCUGAGAGUCAUCCAACACCUGAGAAGGGGCAUAUGCCAGGGUAUUACAAUCCCAUACAUUUCAAGCAGGGCAUAUCUAGCUGGGAUCAGAAAUACAGCACUGAGGGCAAGUUCUGGUUCACAAUGCGUGACAAGGACGUCUCUGAUGAUGUUAUCCCUACGAAAAGUGAUAUUCCAACCAUUGGCCUCCUGCGUCGCAAAACAAAGUCUAAGAACAGCGCGGGUGGGAAACAGUCUGAUGAUAUCGGCAGUCCGCCAAGCGUUACGCUGCAGAAAGUCUCGUCAGACUCCGAUACAAGUGACGCUGAAAGCAUUGACAGCGAAGAGGAGAGCGGGUCGGAAAGCGGGUUGUCACCAGCUACAGACCCUUCGCGCAAAAGGAAACGUAGCCGUUCUAAUUCUGGGAGCUCGUCGGCUCUGUCCCCAGAAAAGACCUCCAUCAACGUGGAGCAAGACACAACACAACGUCCCGAAGAUUCGGUCUUCUUAGGAAACUUCCUAUCGACAUUCUCCGACUGGUCCUUGACCGGCUACUUCACAUUCCCCUCAAGUCAAACAUUACCUGUCCUUCUUCAGAAAGACGUGCAAGUUCAAAUUGCUCAGAUUCUGGUCGACCAAGUCACGCAAUCUUCUCUGAACCAUAAGUACGACGGGUCCAUUGGUCGACCCGGCUGUGGGAAUGAAGCGCACUCUCCCCACAAUGUUGACGACGAAUCAUUCAUGGGUGGCAUAGAAAGGCUCGAUUUGAAUACCUUUGUCUCCUUGCAGGAUACUACGGCACUUUCGCCUGCCACCCAAGCUCGACAACCUGCGCAGCGGAGAGAAACCAGCAAGGGCACCAUCUCUCGUCUUGGUCCACCACAUCUACGCGUCUGCCGCGGUAAAGACUUUCUGGAGACACUGCCACCAGCGAUCCCAUUCUGGGAGACGUUCGGAUUAGGACCGGCUCAUGGUCAGAAAGAUAUACUUGCUUAUUGCAUCCAUCCUCAUACGGCCGCAGCAGCUGCCGAUUCCUUCUUGGAUCGUCUUGGCUUGGUGUAUUCGGGUUGCAACUUCGGUAACCAUGAUCGAGGGGAUGGAUGUAACUUUUUCGACCGUGGUCUGGGCUCGUGGGACAUUAGUUGGUCACAUACGCGCUAUUCAUCUACCAUGCAAUCCCUGAAGACUAUAUGCGAAGAAUUAGGAUCGGCUUUGACAAAAAGUCCACCCGGCAAGGAGAACAAUCUAGUUGUCUAUAUAGUCAACCCCUUCGCUCAUGCUGCUGCUUUGGUCGAUAUCUGUUCGGCCUUCUGGAGUCUGUUUCAGAGAUAUGUGGCUGAUACUGACAAGCAACAGGCACGACAACUGAAUGAGCUUGUCCUGCAGAUUAUCCCCAUUGAUUUUCUCGUGUCGAAUGACUCCUUAAUUGUUCCUCCUCAGGCAGAGUAUUUGAAUUUGGCUUUGGAGGUCUACAGCCGGUGCCCACCAAAAUUGCCUCAUUCUAGCCAGGUCAAUGGCGCUCCUCCAAUGCUUCUCGCGGAGCCACUCCCGAAGAUCAUCAAUUUCAAACUCUCGUCCGAAAAGACUUCUCCGCUACAAGAAGGGAAAUGUCUCCAUGUUGCAUGCUCCCGAAGCCAAGACCAGAGGUGGAUGAGUGUGGCCUGGUCCGAUAACACCGGCGCUUUGCAGCAAACAAUGUCUUAUUGUCUCCGCUUCCGGAAUUCGUCGGCGGUCCGAAGUAUUGCAGAAGUUCGCAAUGAAAUAUGGUGCGCAACGAAGGACAUCAUGGACAGAAGCCAGGCGCGCUGGCGGGUUAUUGUCGCCAAUACGGAUCCCGUGGACCAGGAGGAGGUUGACACCUGGACAAACUUUGCAGAGCAGUACAACAAAUCCAGGUCGACAAGUCUGGACUUGACAAUUUUAUGUGUUGGUACCACUGCCGAACUCACCCUCGAGCCACCGUUCUUGCCCAUGCCAAUGAGCGCAGUCAAUCCUCUUGCAUCAGCCACACCCAUUGCCACGCCGAAUCCCAGCAUCUCUUCUCCCGACCAAAUCAGCACUGCACCCACCCCUCCCAGCGGUGCGAAUGCACCUUUGAACGCUCCCACACCGACAGAGACCAAUCCUGAGAUUGAGUCCGAAUCCCUGCUCAUGGAUAUAUGCGAUGAAACAUGGGGGGUUGUUCUGUCCCAUCGUCUCAACAGCUCGAUGCACCAGACCGAGUACCGACCCGCGCUGGCGAGCGGAUAUCUCCUCCGCAGGCGAGGCUCUACCGACGGGGACGGCGUAUAUACUAUGGCUGCGAACAUCAUAUAUACAAGGCGGCCUCCGGGGACGUAUGACAGCCUUCUCCGAGAGAUUCUGGGCAUGUACCGUGAUCUCGCGACCCUGGCUCGGGCCCGAGGCACUCGGGCGGUGCAGCAUGGCACCUUACCUUGGCACCUUGCGACCGUAGUCAAGGCGCAAUCACUGUUGAGUUAUGUUCUGUGAUGUUCUUAUUAUGUUCGAUUAGUUU